CCUCCCCCUCCACCUCCGUCUCCCCAACCGUCACCUCCGCCUCCUCCCCCUCCACCUCCGUCUCCUCCCCCUCCACCUCCAUCUCCCAAAACGUCACCUCCGCCUCCUCCCCCUCCACCUCCAUUUCCUCCCCCUCCACCUCCGUCUCCCCAACCGUCACCUCCGCCUCCCCAACCGUCACCGCCACCACCACUGCCACCGCCCUCUCCUGAACCCUCACCCCCCCUUGCCCCUUCACCGCCGCCGCCGCUGCUGCCCGAACAACCACCCCCGCUGUCGCCCUCGCCAUCACCACCCACAUUGCCAUUGCCACCACCGCCACCGCCACCGCCGCCACCGCCUCCGCCGCCCCUGUAUCCACCACUGUCGGCUCCGCCCUCCUACGGAUCACCCGCGUCCCCUGAACUGCCGCUGUACCCACCACCACCACCACCACCUCCGUCAUCCCUACCACCACCGCCCCCCUUGUACGCACCAACACCACCACCGUCGCCGCCUACGGCUAUCUUAGACCACUCCUCCUCCUCACCACCACCACCACCCGCGCUUCCCGCAGCACCCCUGAGGUCGCUGCUGUCACUCAACCAGUUGUUUAGCACGUUGUUGAAGGCCGUAACAAGCGCGGUAAGCAGUUCACUCGCCUCCGCCGCUCCCCCUCCUCCACCAUCACCGCCACCGCUACUGCCACCACAACAGCCACCAUUAGAGCCGCUGCAAGGGCAGCCCCCAGGCACACCGCCGCCGCCCUCCGCGCCCUCUCCCCAACCCUGGUCUGCUGUGUUUGCGGCUCCAGCCGCGGUGACAUCACCGAACAGCAGCAGCAGCAGUAGCCCGCCUGCAGCCGCACCCCCCUCGCAACCACCUAGAUGGCUGUUACCCGGCACCCCACCUGCCCCACCUCAGCCGCCCGAAACCCAACCUCCUCCAUCCCAACCUGCCUCUCCCCAACCAGCUUCGCCUCAAUCUCCUCCGUCACCCCAGCUGGCCCCUCCCCAGCUGCCCUCGCCCAUGCCGCCCCCACGCCAGCCCCCUCCAAACCGCCCCCGACCUCCUCCUAGAUCCAAACCACCACCGCGCCUUCCUUCUCCCCCCGCUGGCCCCCCACAACCCGACCCACCCAUGCAAAUGGAGCCCCCUGACAGCCACCUCGGAGCCACAUCAGCGCCGCCACUCCAAGAAAACAACAACAUGCAACCACCGCCACCGCCGCCCCCACCGCCCCCACCGCCCCCGCCGCAGCUGAGCUCAUACCCAGGCCCCUGGGUCGCUGUAUGCUACAGCCGAAGCGAACCUACCAUGCAGCUGUUGCCCCCGGCGGCACGACCGCCCCUGCCUCCAUCACCGCAACCCCUGCCGCCCCCGAGACCGAAGCCACCGCCCUUUCCUCCCCUGCCAUCAAACGCCAACGAAACGGACGUUGACUGCCGCGUCACGAGUUCAGAUCUGGUCAUGGUGGACAGUGAGCAGUUCCCGUACGGCCAGUUCCACACGUCGGUGUGCGCCUGUGGGGCGGCGCCGUACGGCAUACGAUUUGGGCCCAACGUCGUGUUUGAGGGCGACGCUUACUACACCUUCCGGCUGUAUCCCAAGGCGUGUGAUGAAAGCAUAACGGUGAACGGGGAUUCCGUCUGCAGUACGACGCGCGCGGUUGUGAACAAGAUUGCGUUCCGCCUGUCCUCCAGCGCCGCCAGCUGCUUCACCUCGUCAAGCGGCGACUCGUUGCCGACCCUGGAUGCGGCCCGAGGCUACAGGGGUGUCCGCUUCUGGAAUGACAGCAACCCCGCCCAACCGGACAACUGGCUCCAGUCCCGUGUCGGUAUCACGUUCAGCGGUCGUUCUAUCGAGCUCUACAUCUACGGCUUGAAGUAUUCCUACACCGACGGUUUCUUCAUGCUCCUCAAGUGCCCCAACGCCAACAGCUUUGCAGGAGUGUGCAAGCGAUCUGCUGCCGGGAUGUGUCUGUUUGCGUUUGUUGACACCCCGGGACACAUGUACGUGAAUGUUUGCAGGGUGCAGGGCCUGGUGUGAGUUGUGUAGUCGCAAGGUUUGUACUUGUGAAAAGAAAGCAUGGAGGUUUUAGGGCAUGUGUGGGGGUAUGUGGGAUGUGUAGGAGGCACUGCGUGUGUGACAUCCUCACACGGGGUACCGGUAUUGUGGUGCGUGCGGAUUACGGAUGCGACAAGCCGCUCCGGUCAUACGUGGGAAUCAACGCUGUGACGUGCUCGGCGGUGUGUUUGUGCGCGUAUUUUGACUUAAUUGUGGUGAAGGAUAGAUGUAGGCUUCAUCGUUUGGCAGGUAGGCAGCUUGAAUUGCAUGCAGGGGUCUUGAACGCAGGUAUGGCUCGCGUAACAGUAGAGACUGUUAUAGUUGUGGGAACGAAUGUGCUUUCCAUUGGGGGUUGAGAGAAAGCCUUCAAUGCGCAUCCUUCAGAUCAACAGGCGUGCCGGGAGUGCCCGGGCAUAGCGUGGGCCUGUCUGGGUGCGUUAGUUGCGUCGCCGUUGGGGUGCAACGCCCUUACCGGUACAUAGUCUUGAUGGCAGGGGUGCACAGCAUGAGCGGUAAUCGGAACUGGGGCAGCGCCCAAAAAAUACAAACCUGAGUGUAGAUAGUAUGCUAGUAGCUAGGUAUGUGUUCCAUAGCAUGAAUUCGGGGCACAGUUUGGAUACUGCCAUACUGCCGUGUUCACACAUGGUCAAUUGCUGAGCGCAGGGGCAUGUAAAUAUAGGUGUUGAAGGCGGGAAUGCUUAUUAUGGCCCGUGUCGUUGCCUUUUAAGUAGAUAGGUACAACAGGACACCUAGGACGAGGAGUUGGCAGUCUGUCACUAGAUGCAUGCGCGGUGGUGCGAUGCGGGAUGCGUUGCACAGUCCGAGCGAGGCGGCUGGGCAUUAGCGAGCGAGCAGUAGCCAUGAACGAUCAACGGCUCUCGCCUAGCCAGGUGGACGCUGCAAACAUGACGGCAACAUGGCCCAUGCUGGCCAGGACACACGUGCCAGAGCCGGAUGUGUAUAGUUGAGUAGAACAAGAGCAAGCAGUUGGGAUAGGUUCGCAUGUGAACCGCGAGUACAGGCAAAAACAGAGGGAAAACAGAGGUGAACAAACCUGAAACGUAACUCAAAAACUGAUUAAAUCGCUGGUGCAGGAUGUGUGUGUGUAUUCCACACAUGUAAGAACUGCCAUCGAA